AGGAGGCACACGACUUUGCAGCAACUUUGCUCUAGGAACUACUAAAGGAUGGCCCAACUCCAUCUGCUGCUCUACUGUACCACAACUCUGCUGAUUGCCAACGCCUUGGUGCUGACGCCGCAGCUCCUGAGCGCCGCCUCUGUGGCCGAUAAUGAGCAGGGGGGAAUCAUCGGCAAAUCGAAGACAUCCUUCCCCUUUCCGCUCGACGACGAUGUAGAGGGCGUGGAACUGCCCAUGGAGGUGGACCAAGAGGUCACUGUGGACCAGCGACAGUCGCAGCAGCAACAGCAGCAGCAGCACUCGCUGCCUCCUCCCUGGUUGGAGUUUGCCGAAGAUACAGCCCCGGUGGCAGCGCCCCCAUCGCCCAAGCACCGGCUGGGCGGCCACAAGCAUCCGACCGUCAUCAAGCAUCCGACGAGCGGCUUCCACAAGCUCUCCUCCCACGGCCAUCGCUCCUGCUACGUGGAGAUCACCAAGCAUGUGGAGGGCAUCUGCCAGUCCAUGCCCCUGGGAAGUGCCUGUGUGACCGAUGACUAUAUGGUCAUCUACAACGAUGGCAACUGCUCCACUCAGUAGAGAGUAUCCCACUUGCUCUUUUUUUUCUUAGUAUAACCAUUUUGUAUGUGCCAUAAGUGUCUAAAUAUGCGGAUGGGAGGAGUACGACUACCUGAUGUGCGUUUCACAAAACAAAACCAAACAAAACCAAACAAAGCCAAACAAUCCCAUACAAAUUGUAUAAAUAAAUCAAUAUACACACGAGUACCACAAAAUACUUACAAUAUACUCGUAUAUGCAUUUAGUAACAUUUCUUAUUAUUGAGAUCGAUUAUUAAAUUCCUACCUAAUCUCUGAA